AUGUUUCGUCAAUCACUUUUAAAAUCUAUUAGACCGGCAAUUGCUUAUAGACCACAAAUUGUCGUCUCCAGAAACUAUGGUGUCAUUGAUGCAGCUACCCAAGCUGUAUUCGGUAAGAAGGGUUUAGAAGAAAAGAAGCGUAAGGAAGGGGAAUUAGAAAACAAAGCUCAAGAAGUGAACUUGGAUGGUGGUAGAAAGGCUGCCAGUAAAUUGGACGACGCACAGGAUGCUACUCAAAAUGUAAAGGAGACGGCAAAAUCAAGCCUUGAGGAUGCCAAAGAAGGUGCUCAAUCUACUAUUCAAAAUGCUGCUGACAAGGUUAAAUCUGCCGCUGAGACUGUCAACAAGAAGACUGGUCAGGUUCUUGCAGACGGUAUUGAUACCGCUCAGCAAGCAGUCAAAACUGGAUCCAAUAAGAGUGAGGAUUUGGCAUCAAAAACCAAGGAAACUGUUGAAAACGCUGCUGAAUUGGCUUAUGAAAAGCGCAUUGAAUUAGAAGAAGAGGAGGGUAGAGAAGAGGUUAAAGAGAACAUCAAAGGUUAUGCAAGCUUACAAGAUAAGGGAAGAAAAGCUCCAAUCGAGCAAAACAGACCUGAUGAUGCUAUGUAG